AUGGAAGCUGCGGGCCUCGUUCUUGGCGCCAUCGUGGUGGUCAAGCCCAUCUGCAGCUCCAUUCACGAAACCCUGUCCAGCUACCAAGCCUUCGGCCGGGAUGCCGAGCGUCUGCGACUCCGCUUCGCCGUGCAGCAGACACGCCUCGACUCGUUCGAGCGCGUCCUCUUCGAGCGCGGCAAGUUCGCGCCCGCCAUGCCCGGCCGCCUGAUCGACCACCUGCCCGAGAUGACGUGCGCCGACGUGCUCGCCCUCCUCAGGCAGCUGUACGGCGUCCUGCUCGAGUACGCGGCUGUGCGGGCGCAGUACGGCGCAAAGGACCGCGCCGACGCCGCUGCCGUUACCGAAAAGGGUCUCAUCGACGAACCGCUGUCGGCCGAAGACCGCAUCAAGUCGCUGACCCUCGACGGCAAGAAGGCCGACGCGGCGCAGCAGAGGUCGGUCAGCUGGGCGCGCAAGAUGCUCUGGGUCGCCUUCGACAGGAGCAGCACCGAGCGGCUGGUGGGCGAGUUCGAGGGCUGGGCCGAGCGCACCCAGGUCCUCCUCGAGGCCGCGUGGUGGCCGCUGUCCUUCUUCGAGACGGUCGAGCGCAUGCGCAGGCUCGAGGACGACGCCGACGCAAGGUCGGUCGGCCUGCUCCGCGGCAUCGGCCUCCGCAAGCUGCUCGCCUCGGCGCCCGCCGCCGUGCCCGCUCAGAGCCGCGCCACAGAGGCCGUCGCUGCAAACUUCACCGUCGCUGAAUUAAUUGGCGCUUUCGAACUCGGUCGCUUGGAGGAGGCCGGCUGGCAGGAAUGUCUCGUCGAGUACAAGCAGUACGCGCGAGCUGGCGGGAGUGGCGCUGUGGGCGACGACGUCGCCAGGCAGAGGGUCAUCCAGCUCGCGGGACUGCUGAACGAGGCGCCCGCGUCGGACCCAGAACUGAGGGUCCUGCAGUGCACCCAUUAUUUCGAGGAUACCAAGAGGUUGCGGUUCGGGCUCGUCUACGCGCUUCCGACGCAGUGCGACGGCGACGGCGACGAGAAAUUGACGACGAGGAGGCCGCCUGUCACGCUCGCAACCUUGCUUGAUGCCGUGUAUGCGGGCCCACGGCCCUCUCUCGGCGCCCGGAUGCGGCUUGCGCAUAAGAUUGCGCUGUGCCUGCGGAGGUUGCACGCGUACUCGUGGGUGCACAAGUCGUUGCGCGGGGAGAACGUGCUCUUGCUUCCUGCCGUCGACGCGUCUGCAGGAGAUAUGCUUGCUUGCUCCUUGGAAGAGCCAAGGAUCGUCGGGUUUGAAUAUGCGAGGCAAGAGUCCGAUUUCUCGGACCAGUUCGGCGAGGCGGAGAUCAAGCGGAAUAUAUAUCGGCACCCGACUCGAUGGGGACAACCUACAAAUCGAUUCGAGAAAGUCCAUGAUAUCUACGCCCUCGGUGUGAUCCUCCUCGAGCUCGGGCUCUGGGCUCGUGCCGACCAACUCGACAAGGGUCUUCUCGUGUCGGAGGCAAUGGCCAGUGAUCCGGCGGCCGUGAAACGGAAGCUGGCCAAGCACGCAGAGGUGCGGCUGGCCUUCUAUGCUGGGGACCGGUUCCGCAGUGUGGUUAUCGGGUGUCUCACUGGGUCGUGGCGGGAGAGGCCCGUGGUCGAGGCUUUUCCUGACAUGGUUGCGGAGUUGAAGAUGAUCGCGGCGGAGCUGUAA